ACUAAACAGUUAACACACAGUAGAAAGAGAUGGAACCAGAAGAAGAGAAAGGUACGAGUACUAGCGAAGCUAAAGGAGAACUCGGAGAAGAAGUAGAAAAAGAAGAACAAAGGAAAGGCGACGAUGGGAGGUUCAUAAACCAACUCCUCUCCAACUUACCUAAGACAAGAGAGAUUGAUCACGACAAGGUAUGUUUUGGUGAAGUAAAGGAUGAAGGGAAGGAAGAAAAAGAUGGAACAAAGCACGAUGUGAAGGUAGAGUCGGGUGGUGGACUAGUCAACAAUCUCAUCUCCACCUUUCUCCAUAAAAGUGAAACUGGAACAGAAGAGAACGAGAAUAAGAAGGAAGUGGGUAAAUUAGAAGAAGCAGAGAGCACUGGGCUCAUCAACAAUUUCAUCUCCAACUUGCCCUCGCUUCCAGAUGAUCAUGUGCCAGCGACUGAUGAGGCAUCCAUUCUCAUUCACUCUAUCAUCCAUGACUAAGGAGUAAGUAAAAUCUCUGCAGAUCACAAUGCAACG